CGAAAAUAACUGUAAAUAAGAUAAGGCCAUGUUUGGGGCGAAAACUCGAAUAUAAAGGCCCGCGAAAGUAAAGCGCCCGCCCCCUUUCUUUCUUUCUUAAAACUCAAAAUUAGGGUUUGCUUUAGCAAAAUCCCUCAGCAUUCUCUGCUAGAUUUCCCUCCUUUUCUUCAAAUUUUCCUGCUCGUUGCUUUGCAAGCUUGGUUUACUAGAUUACAUAAAAUGCCAAGGACAAGGGAAGAGAUUGAAGAGCAGGUGGACCUUGAUGGAGACAAUGAUCCUGAGGAGACUAUAGAGGAAGAGGUUGAAUAUGAAGAAAUAGAGGAAGAGGAGGAAGUGGAAGUUGAGGAAGAGGUAGAAGAGGAAGUGGAAGUAGAAGAAGAAGAGGACGAGGACGAGGAUGCUGAGCUUGUUGAUUUCCACAAAGGCUCUGAUGCUAAUGAGGGGAUGGAUGAUUUUGAAACAGAGGAAGAAAAGAAAAAGAAGCAUGCGGAGCUUCUUGCACUUCCUCCUCAUGGGUCAGAGGUUUACCUUGGUGGUAUUCCUCAUGAUGCUUCUGAUGAGGACUUGAGGAGAUUUUGUGAAUCUAUAGGAGAAGUCAUAGAGGUUAGGAUAAUGAAGGAGAAAGAUUCAGGGGAGGCCAAGGGUUAUGCUUUUGUGACCUUCAGAUCCAAAGAGUUGGCUUCCAAAGCUAUUGAAAAUCUGAACGGUUCUGAAUUCAAGGGGAAGAAGAUAAAAUGUUCAACAUCUCAAGCAAAGAAUAAGUUAUUUAUUGGUAAUGUUCCCAGAAACUGGGGGGAGGAAGAUGUGAAAAAGGUUGUAAAAGAUGUUGGUCCUGGAGUCAAUUGUAUUGAAUUGUUGAAGGAUCCAAUGAACCCUAGCCGAAACCGUGGAUUUGUUUUCAUAGAGUACUAUAACCAUGCAUGUGCUGAAUACUCAAGACAGAAAAUGAUGAAGCCAACAUUUAAGCUUGAUGAUAAUGCUCCAACCGUGAGUUGGGCGGACCCAAGAAGUGCAGAAUCUUUUUCCAAUACUCAGGUUAAGGCUUUGUAUGUUAAGAAUUUGCCAAAAGAUAUAACUCAGGAUCGCCUAAGGAAGCUGUUUGAACAUCAUGGAAAGAUCUUGAAAGUUGUAGUUCCACCUGCAAAAGUUGGAAAGGAGAACAGCAGAUAUGGUUUUGUGCAUUUUGCGGAGAGGUCAAGUGCCAUGAAAGCAUUGAAGAACACUGAAAAAUAUGAGAUUGGUGGUCACGUAUUGGAGUGCUCUCUUGCAAAACCACAAGCGGAUCAGAAGUCUGGAGCAUCUGGCUCCCAGAAGUCAUCUCUAGAUUCAAGCUUCCCACCUCUUCUCGGAUAUGGUUUAGUUGGGGGAGCAUAUGGUGGUCUUGGGGCAGGAUUUGGUCCUGCUGGCUUUGGACAGCCAUUGAUCUACGGUCAAGGUCCAACCCCUGCAGGAAUGGCAAUGAUGCCAAUGCUUUUACCUGAUGGAAGGAUUGGAUAUGUCUUGCAACAGCCUGGAGUGCAACCGCACACCCCUCCACCACAGCCCCAUAGCAGCCGAGGUGGUGCUAGUGGUAGCAGUUCGAGUGGUGGAAGGCGGAGCAGCAAUGACAGUAGCCGAGGACGGCGUAGGUAUAAUCCAUAUUAGUUUAGUUCCCAAUUUCAUGUUUAACAGAGUCUGAAACUUAGAACGAAUCUGCUUGAGUUGUAUUUGAGGCUAAGCAGUAAGGAUUACCCAAUUAGUUUCUGUUUUGACAUAAUUUGAUGGCAAAUGUAGCUGUAAAACCAUAACUGAUAUUUAUUUGAUGGCUGAUGCCAAUUCCAGUGAUCAAAA